AUGCCGUUGUAUGAAGUCGAACACUGUAUUGCCUUGAGUAAAGCCCAGCGCAACGAGCUUGCUCAAGCUAUCACCCUUCUUCAUACGCGCAAAUUCACCACCCCCAGCCUUUUCGUGAAUGUCCGCUUCGUGGAUGCAAGUAAUUCUUGUAGCUAUAUAGGAGGAAAAGAGGUUCGUUAUUCAUACAGCCCAUCCGAGAUUCACUUCCAAACACUCAUACAGCGUGCGAUCAAUCGCAUCAUUGCCUAUGUUCGACCGGGCGGCAAUCGAACCACGGCCGAUUUCGAAGAGCUCGCUCAGCGUGUCACUGAUGCUUGGAAUCAGAUCGUUGUGCAGGGAGCCGAGUGUAGGACCAAAGAAAGCCAGCUGAAUCGAGUCUUCAUCAUGGGUACUAUUACCGCGGGGAUGGAAAAUGGAUUUCUUUUACCACGGGCUGGAGAGGACGCCACUUGGUUAAGGGACAAUGCACCGAGAUUUGAGGAGUUGGCGAAACAGGGGGAUCGUGACUUCAUUGAGCUAGUGGCGGAGAUGGAGAGCAGAGACGAUUUAUCCGCAAAGACGAAGCAGCGCAUGUCACAAACCAAUGCCAGCCCCCCGACCGUACAGGGUCCGUUAUCAGUGGUACAAGCGCGAGAGAAUCCGGCUUAUGUUCCGCAUCCUGAAGAAGACCGCAGAACAUCCCUAACACAGAUUGUGGAAAACAGUUCUCAUCCACCCCAGCAAAAACCCCCGGAGCCUAGAGGUCGCAAGCCCCGAUUUGCUACGCUCUCCAGUGAGGUGGAGAGAUCCCUGUCGCUUAUAUACCGGGAGCUUGAGUCGGCUACCUUACUCAAACGACAAAUUGAACAAUUGCAGGUGGAGAAUUCGCGGUACCAACAAAUCAUCAAGAUCCACGAUCAGGAUCUGAUCGCUCUGCGUAGAGGGAUUGGCAAUCCGCGCGUCUCGGAUGGAGAGCUGCAAAGCCUGAAAGCCACGGCUGGUCAGUAUGAUACGGUAUUGCAAGAGUUGAACGAAUCCCGAGCGGAGAACGUAACCCUUGCAGAGAAUCUAAAAGCCGCGAAGGAUGAGACGGCAAAGACUAAUACAGUUUUAGACGAAUGGAAGGGGAAGCUUGCCAGGCUCAUUCAAGAAUGGCUUAUCUCUGAGCUAAAGGAAUCUAUAUGUGCUUUACCUAAUAGAAGCCCUAUGUGA